GCUGAAGAUGGCCAUGGCGCAGCGCCGCCCCGGCCGCGCCGCCCCGGCAGUGACGCGCCGGGCCCGGGCCCGCCCCCGCCCCACGCCGCGCUCUUCCUUUCUCGCCGACAUCUUGCGGAGCAGGCUGCGGCCGCACCAUGCCGCCCAAAGACGACAAGAAGAAGAAGGAUGCGGGCAAGUCCGCCAAGAAGGACAAGGACCCGGUCAACAAGUCCGGCGGCAAAGCCAAGAAGAAGAAGUGGUCCAAAGGAAAAGUGAGGGACAAGUUGAACAACCUUGUCCUGUUUGACAAGGCCACUUACGACAAACUGUGCAAAGAAGUGCCCAACUACAAGCUCAUCACACCUGCAGUUGUCUCAGAAAGGCUGAAGAUUCGAGGCUCCCUGGCUCGGGCUGCCCUCCAGGAGCUCCUCAGCAAAGGGUUGAUCAAACUGGUGUCCAAGCACCGAGCCCAGGUGAUUUACACCCGGAACACGAAAGGUGGAGAUGCGCCUGCAGCAGGGGAGGACGCCUAGGGAGGGGCACUUGUCCUCCCUUCUCCCACAUGGCACCAUGGCCGAGUGUUCCUGCUGGGAUAAAACUGCCAAACUGUUUGCUUUGUGCCAGCCUGCUUUUACCUGGUUUUCUGACUGGGGACUUCUUGCUUUGCAGGUUCUUCAGUGACUUCGUCAACAAUGUGUCAUAUGUAGAUGCACACAAUAAAAUUAUUGAUUAUAAUUUUUCUUGA